AUGGCUACUAGUGAAAAGAUGAAUCUACCAGAAAUGAUCAAAGACUGGACCAAAGAGCAUGUGCAACAAUGGGUAACAGUAAAUCUUCAGAUUGAUGAGAAAUACGGACAAAUUCUUCUCAAUGAAGAAGUAUCAGGAUUAGUCCUGCAAGAAUUAACUGAGAAGGACCUUAGAGAAAUGGGACUUCCAAGGGGCCCAGCACUUCUGAUAAAACGCUCAUAUAACAAACUGAAUAAUGUUUCACCUGAAAAUAAUUCUCAGAAUUCUGGACAAUUAAAUUAUACAAAUUUCUCCAAAAAGAAAUGCAAAAAAAAGUCACAAGAGACAGAAGAGGAAAGGAAAAGUCAGAGUCAUCCCAAUAGUGAUCAUUAUCUGAAAGAACUGAAAAAUAUCCCUAUAGAAAAAGGUGAAUUAAAUGAUCAAGCAGCAAAUACAGACAAAAAGGAUGAUCUAAAAAUAAAACAUUCCAUUUGUUUGCCAUAUCCUUUUGACCAGUUCCAUGACAGUCGAAGUUACAUAGAACAUCAUAUUCUACAACCUGAAACAGGACCACUUAAUUUCAUAGACCCAAUACAUGAAUUCAAAGCUCUCACAAAUACAGAAUCGGUUUCAGAAAAAGACAUUCUAAUGAAAUUUAGCAGAGAAGUCUUUCGAUUUGCAUCAGCCUGUAUGAAUUCACGUACCAAUGGCACCAUCCAUUUUGGAGUAAAAGACAACCCCCAUGGAGAAAUUGUUGGUGUGAAAGUCACCAGUAAGAAUGCUUUCAUUGACCACUUCAAUAAAAUGAUCAAACAAUAUUUUGAAGACAGUGAUAUCAAAGAAGCCAGGUCAUGCAUUCGUGAGCCAAGAUUUAUAGAAGUCCUACUGCAGAAAAAUACAUCAUCUAACAGAUUUGUUAUUGAAGUAGAUGUUAUCCCUAAAUACUCUGUAUGUAAAGACAAGUAUUUCUACAUCAAGAUGCAAAUCUUAGAAGAUGGAACAUGGAAACAAAGCCAAGCUAUUUCACUGUUUGUCAGAGGAGCUAGCACAAGAGAUAUUCUCGCCAAUGAUAGGACACGAGAUAUAGAUUUCACAAAGUUUUAUCAAAAUUUAAUGCCACUAACCACAAGGAGAAAGGAGGCUGAAGAAAAAUAUGAGUUGAAAAUAAGUAAACAGGAACCUGAAGGACAGAAAUUGAUUAAGCUUCUCAUUGGAAAUCGAGAUUCACUAGAUAGCUCAUACUACAACUGGUACAUUCUCAUAACAAAUAAGUGCCAUCAAAACCAGACAAAGUAUUUAGAUUUUCUAAAGGAAAUUAAAUGGUUUGCGAGUUGGUUGGAUUUUGACCCUGAAUCUGUGAGCAAAGGAGUAGCCAAAACUUUCAAAGAAAAUCGCAUAGCAAACCUUCAUUUUUCCAAGAAUAUAGUAGAGGGAAAAUCCACACAAAAAGAGACAGUUAAUCAGCUUGAAUCUUAUCAACAACUCAGCUGGAUUUUUUGCAAUGGCAGAUCAGACUUGAAAGAUGAGACAUAUAAGCCUCUAGAACCACAUUUAUGGAAUAGAGAAAGAGCUUCGGUAGUCACAAAACUGAUACUAUUUCUCACAGAUGAGAGUAUAAUGCAAGAGGUGAAAUUCUGGUAGUAUUUUUUACUUACUAUCUCCAGUGGAAAGUAGGGAGACCCACUCAUUGAAACUUUCUGUGCUUUCUAUAAAGCUCUCAAUGGAAUGGAAAACAUACAUAUGUGUGUCUGUGUAGACUUACAGGUUUAUCAACGAUGGAACAACUUACUACACACGCGAGACUGAUAUCAGAAAAAGAAUUAGAUAAUCACAAGUAGUUCUACUUUAAAUUUAGAAUUGAUAAUAGUACAAAUCCUUAAACUAAAAAUCAGUGACCGCUCAUCAAGAAGAUUUAUGCCCUCCAAUGGAUCUUCUUCAGUUAUUCUUGACAAAAAGGAAGAGGAUAUCUUGACUGGUCUGGAAAUCCUUUGUGAAAAUGAGUGUAAAGAUACUGACAUCGAGAAAAAGAUCCAGUCUAAAUUUCAAGAAUUUAAAAAAUAAGAAGAGCAAUUUUAUCGAGGUAGUAAAGUAUCUUGGUGGAAUUCUAAUUUUUCUUCUGAAAAUUAUUCUUCAGCUUUUGUCAAGAGAGAUAGUUAUGAAGACCUAAAGAUGCUUAUAGAAACUUGGGCAGAGUCUCCUAAACCAGUAUUUGCAAAAAUCAUCAAUCUGUAUCAUCAUCCAGGAUGUGGGGGCACUAAGCUUGGCAUGAAUGUUCUCUGGGAGCUCAGAAAAAAAUUCAGGUGUGCUAUAUUAAAAAACGGUACAUCUGACUUUGCAGAAAUUGGAGAACAAGUAACCAAACUGAUUACCUAUAGGGCAAGCAGCCAUCUGGAUUAUAUUCCAGUACUUCUUCUUGUGGAUGACCUUGAAGAUCAAGAAAAUGUCUACAAUCUACAAGAUGCCAUCCACUCUAGUUUAGCAGAGAAGGAUUUGUGGUAUGAAAAAACACUAGUAAUUAUCUUAAACUGCAUGAGAUCCCAAAACCCUGAAGAAAGUGCAAAAUCAGCAGACAGUAUUGCACUAACAUAUCAACUUUCUCUCAAGGAACAGAGAGCUUUUGGGGACAAACUGGAAGAAAUUGAAAAACAGCACAAGAACUUUGAAAAUUUUUAUUCUUUCAUGAUCACUAAAAAGGCCAAUUUGAAUGCUAAGUAUAUAGAAAAUGUGGUUGAAAAAUACCUUUCAAGGGACAGAAUGUUGACAGCAAAAGAAACACAGCUCAUUUCUUAUUUAGCUCUACUCAAUUACUAUGUUAAAGAUUCACAAUUUCAGUGCCACAGUGUGAAAUAUUUUUGGGAAUCAGGACACAUUCCUUUACCUUGGAUGCCUGAGAGUAUAGCAAGCAAAAUGGGAACGUACUCUACACUUAUAAUAAACACACAGAAGUUCAAAGAAUAUUGGGUUAAUGGUGUAACGUAUCAUUCAUCCCUUGAUUGCAUUUGCUGUUUAAUAGAGCUGGAAAAAAGAUUUUACUUGGAUAAGAGUAGAAUUGUACUGAAUAUGUUUAAAUGAGAAAAGUUAUUCUAUGAUUCUGGAAUAGGAAAAUACAAAUUUCAACAUGAUGUGCAAAUUCUUCUACUUACAAGACACCGUAAGGAGUAUGGAGAUGUAACUGAUACUUUGUUUUCUCCAUUAAUUGAAGCUUUACAGAAUAGGCACAUUGAAAAGGUCUUGACUGUGGGAAGUAAAAGAUUCCCAAAGAAUGCAUUCAUUUGUCAAGCCUUAGCAAGAUAUAUCUACAUUAAGGAAAAGGACUUUGGCACUGCUCUAUUUUUGGGCAGGAGGAGGCCAAAAAAGAAAGCACCUAAAAACUCCUUUAUCUCAGAUACACUUGGUCAAGUCUACAAAAGUGAAAUAAAAUGUUGGUUAGAUAAAAAACAAAAUUGUAAAGAAAUCACUGUCAAUGAUCUAACAUAUUUUCCUAGAUGCUGCGAAAAAGCCUCAAAAGCUUUCAAAAUAUCCCAGGAGCAAACUGAUAAGAAAGACUCAUGAAACAGAGUUUGGCCACUACAGAAGUCUUCAAGAAGAUAUGACAUGUAUAAUACAGCUGGCUUCCUUGGUGAAAUAGAAGUUGGUAUUUUUGCUAUUCAGAUUCUUCAACUCACCCCCUGUUUUCACAAAGAAAAAAAUUAUCUGAAAAACUCCAUGGUAGAUUUUUUAACAGGACAUGUAAAUAUUUUGGCAGAACAAAAAGGUGAUUAUAAUUUGGUUCUAGGAAAAUUUACAUCUUACUUACAAAAUUUGCAAUCAAAUUUAAAAAGGUGCUUUGACUUCUUUGCAGAUUAUAUAGUUUUUUUGAAAACAAGGACUGUCCAUAAAGAAAUGUCAGAAGUCAUAUUAGGAAAGAAAAUCAAUCGUUGUUUCAAGAAAUAUAUAAACAUUUUCAGCCUCUCAAGGUUGGAUAUAAUGCAAGGCCAAGGAAGUCUGUUACUCCAAGAGGAGACUUGCAGGAAGAAACUAGAAGUAUGGAGAGCAGAUCGGUUUUCUUUACUCCUGGAAUAUCUUAAUCCAAAUCGUAAAAACGCAGCAGACAUCAUGGAAUGUAUAGUCAAAGAAUACACUUUCUUAUUGAAGGCAAAACCCUCAAAAACCAAUGACAAAAAGAGAAAACAAAAUUUUGUUUUGGCCAACAUUAUUCUCAGAUGUCUAAAGCCCCAGCUCCGACUUUAUUAAACCACCUGCCACAUUGAAAAAACUGCUACGGAAGUGUUUACAAACUUGCCAAACCUAAAUCAUCCUUAUCCAGAUCCUUAUUUCUUAGCUUGUCUCCUAUUCUGGCCAGAAAGUCAAGAGCUAGAUCAAGAUUCCAUAGUUACUAGAAAAAGUAUGUUUCAUCCUUAAAGAAAUCCUUCAAUAAAACAGUAUAGGCGUAUGUGCAGAUCUAAGCGAGCUAGCACACUUUUCUAUCUAGGGAACAGAAGAGGUCUCCAAUGCCUUGUUCACAGAUCUGAGAUAGAGCAGUACUUCAGUAAAGUAUCAGAUACCAAUUUCCUCUGGCAGAGUGGCGAUAUAUGGAAGAAAACAGAAGUCAAAGAACUCUUGUGUCGUCUAAAAACUGGCCAGGGAGCGGAAGGCAAGGUAAUCUCUAUAAAUUGGAACAGAGGAAAAAAAAUAAAUAUACCAGUGAUAUCUGUUUAUUCAGGACCCCUCAGAAGUGGUAGGCAUAUACAAAAGGUAUCCUUCUAUUUAGGCUUUUCCAUGGAAGGUCCUUUAGCAUAUGAUAUAGAAGUAAUUUAA